ACUGAAUUACAAAUGGACACUUUUAGAGGCAGUUGUUCAGAUCUUGAAUCCUGAGAAUGCACUGGUUGUUUGUUGGUUUUUUUUCCCUCUUCUGUCCAUUGCCUUCUUGUUUUCCUCCCAGGUGCCUUCUGUUUUGUUUGCUCCAAGCCAUCUCAUGUCUCUUCUGACACUCGGGAUCAACUCUGCCAUGGUGCUCGACUGUGGAUAUAAAGAAAGCUUGGUGCUGCCUAUUUAUGAGGGAACUCCAAUUCUGAGCUGCUGGGGUUCUCUGCCUUUGGGAGGAAAAGCCAUCCACAGGGAGCUGGAAUACCGGCUGUUGGAGCAGUGCACAGUUGAUACAGGAUUAGCCAAAGGCCAAAGCCUUCCGUCUGUCAUGGGCUCUGUUCCAGAAGACAUAGUUGAGGAUAUAAAAGUUCGCACUUGUUUUGUGAGUGAUCUCCAACGUGGACUGAAAAUCCGAGCAGCCAAGUUCAACAUUGAUGGCAGUGCUGAGCGUCCUUUGCCGCCUCCAGAUGUGGACUAUCCUUUGGAUGGUGAAAAGAUUCUCCAUGUAGUUGGCUCCAUCCGAGACUCAGUUGCAGAAAUACUGUUUGAACAGGAUAAUGAAGAGACUUCUGUUGCCACUUUGAUCUUAGAUUCACUCAUUCAGUGUCCCAUAGACACCAGGAAGCAGUUGGCAGAGAACUUGGUGGUUAUGGGUGGCACUGCCAUGUUGCCGGGGUUCCUGCACAGGCUGAUGGCUGAAAUCAGGUACCUGGUAGAAAAACCGAAAUACAGGGAGGUGCUUGCGACCAAAACCUUCAAAGUUCACACUCCACCUGCCAAAGCCAACUAUGUGGCGUGGCUGGGAGGUAAGAAUGGGAGCAGCUUUUGGAGCAUGGGUCCUAAGUGGGAAAACAGACCUUGCAAGUGGGGUUUGUAAUGAAUAAGUGGCAGUAAAGCUUAGCUGAACUGUUGGAAGCGAGCUGCACCUGAUGUGUGUGGAGUUGUGAAGUCCUCCUGGAAGAAAACACUGCAGGCUGCAGCUGCCUUGUGGGGUGCAGUGCAGGAUGGCACUGCAGGCUUUGGGAACUUGGAGCCGGUGGCU